GGUUUGUUAGGUCGCGAGCGCGCACGUGUCCUUAGUGGCGGUUGCGGAGAGCCGUUAAAGUCGUUUGUUUCUUUGCGUUUGGUUUCAUACGAGUUUUGAAAAUGUCGUAUAUGCUUCCGCAUUUACACAAUGGUUGGCAAGUAGACCAGGCCAUUCUUUCAGAAGAAGAUCGUGUGGUGGUCAAUCGCUUUGGACAUGAUUGGGAUCCAACAUGUAUGAAAAUGGAUGAAGUUUUAUAUAGUAUUGCCGAAAAGGUGAAAAAUUUUGCUGUUAUUUAUCUUGUGGAUAUCACAGAAGUGCCAGACUUCAACAAGAUGUAUGAACUGUAUGAUCCCUGUACUGUCAUGUUCUUCUUCAGAAACAAACACAUAAUGAUUGAUUUAGGUACAGGUAACAACAACAAAAUUAACUGGGCGAUGGAAGACAAGCAAGAGAUGAUUGACAUCAUAGAAACAGUUUAUAGAGGAGCACGUAAAGGUAGAGGUCUUGUUGUAUCACCCAAAGACUACUCAACCAAAUAUAGAUAUUGAUACUUUGUGUGUGUGUGUGUGUGUCUGUGGAUACUUCAAGUUCAUCUUAAACUUCAUAAAUUCAUACUUUGUAUAAAAUAUUAUUUCUUGCUUUCACCUCAUUGUGAAUAUAUUUUGAACUUAUGUAAAUAUGUUACUUAAUUUUCUUGGCAAAUAGCUGUUUGAUUUUAGAAAUAAAGUAAUAACUUUUACAUGUAAAAA